ACAGUGAACAAACUAUCACGUCCAUGGAAGAAACCAAACAAACACAUAACAAACACGCUGAAUCGAGUGACAUUUGUGACAUUUGAAUUAGGACGUUGCACCCUGAGAGCAAGCCUUGAGCAAGUCAAAUUAACCAAAGAGAUAUUUCUCUGGAUCACAAAAUGGCAGGGAUAUUCGACUUCUUCAGGGAAACUGAUGACCCAAUUCAGCGUUCUUCUAACAUACCUGAGAGUGGUGAGACUGCUGUAAUGCCUGGAAUUCGACUAGGUAACCCAGGUGCUACUCCAGCCAAAAUCUUUGGGUCGACAGCAGGGAAACCUAGGGGUCUGUCUAUGCGUUCCUAUUCCGAUCUUAAUGUAGUUCCAUCAAGUCCAAGGCCAAUGACAGCAUAUAAACACCCGAAAGCAAUGGAGCUGCCAAAACCACAGAUCACAAAUUUGAAGCCACUGUCAGUAAAAACGUCUCAAGCAGAGGUGAAAAUUCGUAGUCCAAAUAUAAAGCUACCACAACAUAAUGUGUUCAAGAAACCUUCGACUCCAACUAUUAUGAGGAAUAACAAACAGUCCUUGUAUCGGAAGCCUGAAAAACUAUGUUAUUAUUAUGAUGAAGAAGAGAAUUUUUUAAAUGAUAAUGAAAAACCUUUGGAAACCGAUUUUGAAGAAUUAAUAGCUACCUUGUCCAGGUCGAUCCAAACAUACGAUGAUGAGGGCUUUGAAUCUGACCCUGAAUUGUUGACUUGUACUACUUUACCAGUAUUUUCCACCUACAUGCAGUCAUCGGCUGAAACUAAUUUUGAAGAUGCACCAGACCUUCCAGAAUUAUCGGAUGAUGAGCUAUAAACGGUUCUGACUUUUUUUGACUACUGAACUUCUUUGUCUGUUAGUUACAAACUAUAUUUUACCAGUAAUGAUAAUCAGAGUUAACUGAAUAAUUACCUUCUGUAAAUGAUUACUGGCAAGCUAUAGUAAAAAUGAUCUUGCUUAAAAAUGUCAUGGACUGCUCAUUAACGCAUCAUUUUCCUCAGACUUAACAUUUAUUUUAUGUUAUAGCAUGUAGCCAAAGAAGGUUCUUAUCCAUUUCAAGUUAUUGAGCUCCCACGAUUUUGUAUUUCAUUUAGUAAUAAUCAUUAUUAAGAUGUCUUAUCCAGAUGUUCUUAAAAUAAGCCUGUAUUAUGAUCAUUUUUUUUUAAUAAAACUGUUAUAAUCUCA